AUGGCUCCCGCUGCCGCAUCGGUCUCUCCCAGCAACUUUGCUCGCUCCCACUCGUCGCCCCAGCUUCAAUCGACGUCCUCCUUCACGAGUCGCCCGCCGCUGCCGCGCAACUCGCCGUCGCUCAACAAGGAACUUCCCCGACUUCCUUCCUUUGGUUCUUUUGAGAUUCCGUCCUUCGACUCGAUUGGCGACUUGGAUACCAAGCUUUCCUUGCCCGGAGCGUCUUCGCCCAAGCUCGCUUCUUCGCCAAUCAUUACACCUGCGACAGACCCGGCAUCGAAUGCAGACGCUGAACAGCCCGCCGGCCGCUUUAAGCUUGGUCUUUCUAGAUCUAGAACUGCAAGCCGCCCCAAAUCCUGGCUACCAAAUUUCAAAUCGAAUAGGGAUGAUAAUGUCCAGCCCACGCAACAUCUAGAGAUACCAUUGGCAAAUGAUGGUGCAAUGGCGCGACAUCCAUCGCUCAAGGAGCGCAGUCAUUCUGCCACUGACACAUUUGCCAGUUUUGCGCGACGCUCAUGGAUCUCUCGCACACCAUCUCCCAAGAUUGCGACCCCACCACCGACAGGCAAUGCCUCAGACACGACGCCCAAGGCUGCUCCCAAGCUUGCUCCCAAGGGCGACAAGUCACAGGCACCAGCGCAAGUUAAGGCUUCCGAGCCCACAGUACGGCUGGAAGGCGAGGUUGAACCUCAAAAACCUGCCCCGUUCAGCUCCAGCAAGGCUGGGGCCUUUUUUUCCAAAGUCAAGCCCAAACCUCCGACCCUGGUCACUGUCCAGGACUGGGGUGCCGAUUCCGACAGCUGCGCCUCUUCAGCCGCUAGCCUGAGCCAAACCGGACCACAGAGCGUGGCCAGCCGUACCUCGCAGUCGACGAGCUCAGAGAGGAGCAAUGCAACUCCCAUUACAGAUGAUUCCUCGACCGAGAUGACGCCACAGGUUCGCGACAGCCUGUGGUCGUCGUUCAAGACACUGGAGCUCGAAUUCAAGAGCUUCACGCUUAAGCAAAUGGCGCAGCGCAUCGCUCAAAUCCAGAGCAUUCUGCUACCCUUCCUGCGCGCCACUAUGCAUCACCCGUCCACCAAAAUGCUGCAGCCCGAGGACAUUGACCGCCGAGCUGUCAUCCUAAACAAGUGGUGGAAUGCCAUUCUCGACAUGCUCGACUCACAAGCCAAUCAGCCAAUUCCUGGAGUGGACCGCCCAGUUCUGCUCGAGGCAGCUACCAUGGUUAUGAUGCGGCCCGAGUGGCGACGAGCUACACCUGCUUUCCAAGCUCUAGUUGACCGAUGCCCCUCCGAAAAGGUCCGCUCGCGAUCAUGGACCAGCUCCUCCCUUGAUUCCCAGAAUUCCUUGAUGCUCGAUGAGACUGCGGAGCACAGCGUGCGAACAAUGUUUGUGAGCAACCUCGUCCGUCAAAUGUCGCUCGUGGUGGAAAAGAUGUCGCUGCGACAUGCCCCUCUUACAUUGGUCAAUUUUGCCGGCAAAACAUGUGCGUAUGCGUUCUUCUUUGCGCCCGGUGUUGCCGACAUAUUGCUGCGUCUGUGGGGUCUCACACCCGAGCUCAUCCGGAGAGCCGCUGAUGAGUUUGGCCUGCCUCGGUGCGACAAUGGAGAUAGUGAAGACAUUGUUGCCUUUUUCCCUCCCAAACUUGGACUCUAUGGAUGGAGUUCUCCACGAGCUGCCUGGAACAACUUGAAGCAGAUUCCUAAAAUGUCGCUGCUGGUGGCCAGGAUUCCAUGGACCGGCCCCUGGGUGUCAAGAUGGAAGGGCCGAGAUACAGAUCUCUUCUUCAUUUUCUGCAAGUACUUUCACGUGCUUACGGAUCAAUUUCUUCUCCCUGAGCUGCCUUUGGCGUUCAAAGCUCGCGCCCCGGGUUUUGUCCUCGUCCAGGCGCAGCUGCUCUCUAUCAUCGACUCUACCAUUCACCGCCACGCUGCUAUUGGCCAGGCAUACAAUCCGCCACUUGUAGACUCGCUGCACGGCGCGGAUGCAUCGGCUAUGGCGAUGCCCCUGCCUCCAUCUAACUUGAUGAAGGGCAUGGCUGAGAAUAGACUGGUGGCUCUGCUCAAGGACUUUUUACUGGACGAUUUCCCCGAAUUUGCGAACGCCAAGGCCACUUUUGCCGAAACGUUUGCCGCACUGAUGAAGGCUGCCACACAGAGGACCUCCAAGUUCAACAACUCGGCCUGUUUUACCCUAUGCGACUUUUUGGAAGAGAUACUCGUCAUCUACGACAAGUACGAGUCCAAGGAAGGAGUUGCGUCUUGCAUUGACUGGACGUUUUGGAUAGAAGUGUUCAAGCGUGUCAUGAGCUCCAUGAACACAAUGUCUGAAGUGCGUACUCUUUCGUUUCUCUACACCAUCUGGAACAUAGCUGCCAAGCAACCGUCGCGCAAGGCUGAGCUUUGCUUUGACUGGCUGCUGACGGAGGAUAUGUUCAACUCCUUUUUUAACAACUGGUGUCCGAUGGUGCGCGCAUACUACCAUCGCCUUUUGUGCUGGAGAGUCUGCCGCUACGAUGGACACCCCAGCGACGUUGAUAUUGCCGUGUUUCACCUAGCGACGAAGCGUCUCAAGUCUGUCUGGAGCCAUUACCUCUAUCUUAAAGAAGCUGCGGACGAGACAGGGCGGGCAAGGCCGUCGUCCACGCCCAUGUCACCGACUGUCGGGAAGCGAUUCAUCAUUAUCCGCCAGGAAGUCCACGGGCCCCAACCCGGUCUCGUUAUGGGACUAGACACUUUUGCCAGGACACCCUCUGGCACCGAUCUAGCAGCGAUGGGCGACUAUCUCGACUCCAAUCAACAAUCCAAGAAUGAUUCGAAGAAGCGAUGGUCGUUGCUCGGAAAAGUGCUCUCAUUCACGAACGUCACAGCCGCGGCCGACAUGUCGAACUCGGCAGGUCUUCCCAAGAGCCAUUCUUUUGACGAUGCGUCGCAGGCGGGCCGGCGCGAGACGGCUGAGGCCCGCUCUCGCCCAUCCACGCGAUCGUCGGCCAAUUCGCAAAAGUUGUUUCAGAUCGGCGGGAACUCAGGGGCGUCCGACACUGAGUCUCGCUGCUCAACGCCUCUGCUAGACGAGCCAGGGUUCGUCUUCAAGUUCAUCCUGGCAUGGCAGCAACAGACGGGACCCAACCGCGAGCGAGUCCUCAGCCUGCCACAGCUGCCUGGUCCCGCGCAACACCGUCUAUCUGGCCCCGAAUGCGCGAUGCGGCCGGUGCAGCUCGAUGGGCUACGCCAGGUCUCGAGUUCAUCGCAGUCUGGGCUGGUUGAUCGCGCCAAGAAUGCCGCGCCGCUCGAGGACAGUACGCGCGGGCUCUCGCUUGCCGAGCCGCUGCACGCAAACGACAGCCCGGCGACACGCACUGGAGUCUCGAGCCCGAGCGAGGAGAGCGACGCUACGCGGACGGCGACACCCAAUACGGGCUACUUUGUACCCGAAGAGACAAGACCGAGCAAGCCAGCUGGUGCCUAUGUCCGCAACGCAGUCUACUCUGGCCAAGCGCUGGCGGAGUGGACGCAGGUGGUGAACGAGUGCAACAGCUUUGUCGACCGACGGACCGACGAAGGCAUCGAUCGACUGCGCGACAUGGAAGUCCCGCAGCUGAAUGUCGAAGGCUUUCGCAAGCUUGGAGGUUGA